GUCUUCACACAGAUGUCCGCCGUUGAAAGGUGAAGAGAAAAAAAAAAUUCCAUUCCGAUGAAUCCGACCAAAGAAAUGGAGAAUUCCCAAGAUCACACUCCAAUGAAACCUGAAACGGCACCGCCACUGCCACCGCCGGACAUCGAGAACCAGUCAUCGUCAUAUACGUUGGUCCAUCAGCGACGGCGAAGAGAAGAUUUAUUGAAAAAGGGUCAGGUGGUCCUAAGGACGAUAUGCUCGCUCUUCUCGUUUAUUUCUUUCGUAAUCAUGGCUACUAACAACCACAGAGUUUCGGGCAAUAUCUAUGAUAAUAAUUUCCAUCAUUAUGAACAAUAUAGGUAUUUGUUAGCAAUAGGCAUUAUUUCCACUGUUUACACGAUAGCUCAGGUUUUGCGUCAAAUUCACGAAUUCUCUACUGGGAAGUACUUGUUUUCGCAGCUGGGAUUGAAUUUUCUGGACUUUUUUGGCGAUCAGAUCAUUGCGUACCUGUUAGUGUCUGGAGCAUCAUCGGCCGUUCCAUUGACGAAUUUGGCGAGAAAACAGAGAGAUAACGUACUUGCAGAUCCAGCUGCGGCUUCAAUAAGUAUGGCUAUCUUGGCUUUCGUGGCUCUAGCGAUGUCGGCCUUAAUAUCUGGAUUUAAGCUCUCUAUCUUUACUGAGAAAUAUAUCUAAAACCU